CAUUUUCUAUUCAAUUACCGGUGGUAGUGACGGGAAACAAGGCCAUGGAAGAUAUCAUCACCACUGUUCGGUCGAUCGUCGGCGGCGAGUUUUAAGACAUGGACAUGAUUCGCGCUCUUCACUUGGCCAAAAAUGACCCAACCGACACGAUUAAUAUCAUCUUCGACAAGCCAAGGAGCUUUAAGAAACCUGAAUUUCCCAAUAAGCCCAAUUCCUCUCUUAAUGCGGAGCCUCCGGUUACCAUAAGGCAUAGCGUUAGUCGGCUAGAGGAUCCCGAUUCUGCUGCGAGUUCGAGCGUGAAUUUAAAGAGUUUGAGUGGAAACAACCAGUUUUCCGGGAAUGGUUGUACUGAUAGUGGAAAUUCAGAAGAAAUGGGGAGUGAGUGGUAAUUUGUUGGAAGUGGUGAGGUUAAUGAGCUUUUUACUUGUAAAGGGAGAACCAUGAAGCCUGGCGAUGAGGUGAAUUUUACUUUCCCUGCUCAGAAAAAAUUGACAGCAUCCCAACAGGGAAGAUUGGUGGUGGGCGAGGUCGCCAGGUGGCUACAUGCUCUGAGAUUGUAAGGUUUUCUACCAGCACCUGCGGAGAGAUUGGUCGUAUUCCUCAUGAAUGGGGCCGGUAUCUUUUACCUCUUGGAAAGAGAUAAGAAGGUUUGCGUUAAGGGGUGUUGCAAGUCUUCUCCUCCUAUGCUGGGAUAGGAUUCGGUUGUUUUAUCUAUUAGCAUUUAUGCAAACAGUUCCAUGUUCCAAAAGUGCCAACAGAUGUCACUCAGGGCGGCCAGUAAUUCAGCUGAGGAGUCAAUUCUUCACCCCCCUUCCCACUCUGUUUAAAUUGUUCGGGCUAAUUCCUUUCAAGAAGGUAGAAUUUACCCCUGGAGAUCUGUAUGCAAGGAAGAGGCCUUUGAAUUCUGAGGACAGCUCUUUUUUGCCUCCAACAAUUUCACAUAUAAAUAAGUUCAAGAGUGCAUCUUCUGGAAAUGAAAAUAAUGGUGAAAAUGAAGAAUCAGUUUCUGAGAAUGACCGUGACAAUAUUGUAGGUGUGACUGACAGAUCUGAGUUAGAGGAAAUGGAGCCUCCCAGUACCCUACUAUGUGAACUUCACCCUUACCAGAAGCAAGCUCUCAGCUGGAUGAUCCAACUUGAGAGGGGGCACUGUGGGGAUGAGGUUACAACAACCAUGCACCCAUGUUGGGAUGCUUAUCAGCUUGCUGACAGGAUCCAUGGUGGAAUCCAGCAGUUGAAGAACAAGCAGUCAUGCGGAUUCAUCGCAUUGGACAAACUAAUAAAGUUGUAGUCAAAAGGUUGAAGGAUACCGAGGAGCGAAUGGAAGCAGUACAGGCUAGGAAGCAGAGAAUGAUAUCUGGUGCUCUAACUGACCAAGAAGUGCGAACUGCGCGAAUAGAGGAACUAAAAAUUCUCUUAACUUAGAUGAGGCUUUUGACUGAUGCAUCUAACAGUAUCAAAAUCUCAGGGAACCUCUCUUGCAGAUUUCCCGAUUGGAUUCUGGUUUGUUGAGGAAUAUUAUUCCAAGCGAUAUCAUGUUCCCUUAGACGAUAUUGGGAUAAAUUGGAAGCUAGUGGGAAGUUGAAGCAUGUAGAGUAUGGUUUAGGGAGGAGUUAUGACAAAAAUGGCGAAUGCUUUCUGAUGAACAAUAUCUGCUUUCAACAAGGAGCGCCCAUGGAGAAUAUCCAUUAUUCGAUGGAGCAGGAGACAUAAAAAUAUGUUGUUAUAACAAUAAUUUUUAAUAGUGUAUAUGGUGGAGUCAUUUCCCCCACAUGGUAUUUGUCUUGAAUGGAGACAGUAGAGUACUCCUUGUAAGUUCAUGAGUUGUAUGAAUAUGUGCCCCAGCGUGCUUACUUGAGUUUGUGGAUUGUAGAAAUCGUUAUAUUUUUGUGCCAUACAAGAAACAUCACUAGAAGUGAAAA